CUAAAUCCAAUAUACAUAUAUAUGGAGUUAAGCUGUUGAAGCAAGAUGAAGACCAAGCCAAAUCGUCACAAGGAAGCGAACACUUUUCAGUUCAAACCGUUCUCUGAAAGAAUAACUGAAAUCGACAUAGAUGUUUUCCACCGUGUGGGACAUCGAAAUGAGGCUAGUUCUGAGGAAAUUGAAACUCACUUUCAUGAAACGCUGCAAAAAUGGAACGUUCUUAACUUGACGGACGGCUAUAUUGCUUUCAAAAAGGAAGUACGAAACAUUGUCACGUUGCCCCAGUUAAUUCACCAGAAGCAAUAUGUAAUUGACACACUUAUGGGAUAUCUGAAGAAACGAGACGCUUUAUUCCUGCAGCCUAUUUUGGA